GAAGAGCCAGCCCUGGCCCUCCUCUGAAGGGAAAAGCCAGCCCUCCCUCCCUCCUGUCCUGAAGCUUCUUAGGCACUAGCCAGCCCUCCAGAGUGGAAGGUCCCUGUGGACUCUGGUGCUCUGUCAUCAUUUAAAAUGGAAAAGCCGAAUCUACAUAAAAUUUCCCCAAAUUUCACUGGGCAAGGUGUGAACCCUGACCUUGCUAUAGAAAGAAAAAAUCCUUCCUUCAAUGUAGAACGGCUUACCAAUAUACUAGAUGGAGGUGCUGAGAGAACCCAGAUCCGAAGGACAGUUGAUGCCUGGCUCCAGAGUGACCCAGAAUUUAGCAGGGAAAAUCAAUACUUCCAGAGCCAGAAUGAAAGAUACGAAGGAGCUAUCAGGAAGUCAUUUUACCUUGCAAAAAAGAUGAAUGAAAUGGGAUGGGUUGAAGGUGGACCUCAUCAGGAGUUCUGCUUUAGGGCUCUUAGUUCUGAUAUGGCAUUUAAUGUGCACCGAGUCUUUCUGAAAAGCAUUAUGGGUUUGGGCACAGAUGAACAGAUUGCCAAGUGGGUCCCCUUAGCAGAAAAGUUUUACAUCGCAGGAACCUAUGCCCAAACUGAACUGGGACAUGGAACAUAUCUUCGGGGUUUAGAGACAACAGCUACUUUUGAUGUUGCUACUCAGGAAUUUAUUCUCAACACACCAAGCCUCUCUGCUAUGAAGUGGUGGCCAGGAGACUUAGGACGAACUGCGACUCAUGCUGUGGUUUUUGCCCAGCUCUACCUGAAAGGAAAGUGUUACGGCAUGCAUCCCUUCCUAAUGCAGAUCCGCAGCCUCCGAGAUCAUUCUCCAUUACCAGGAGUAACGGUAGGGGAUAUUGGCCCCAAAAUGAACUUUGAGAAUGUUGACAAUGGCUUUCUUAUGUUGAAGAAUGUUCGGGUUCCAAGAGAAAACAUGCUGGCCAGAUUCUCUCAGGUUCUGCCAGAUGGUCAGUAUAAGAAACAAGGGUCUGACAAGAUUAACUACUUGACUAUGAUCGUGGUUCGUGUGUACAUGCUUCGAUCUGAAGUUGUCCUGACUCUGCUAAAGGCAUGCACCAUUGCUAUCCGAUAUUCUGCAGUGCGCCGGCAGUCUGAGUUAAAGCCUGGCGACCCAGAAGCAAAGAUUCUUGACUAUCAAACUCAGCAACAGAAGCUUCUGCCGCAGCUGGCAACUGCCUAUGCCUUUCAUUUUGCUUGCCAAUAUAUGACCAAAAUCUUCGAGAGGGCCUACACAGAAACUAAAGAAGGAAAAUUUGACUUGCUUCCAGAGCUUCAUGCCCUUGCAUCAGGCAUUAAAGUGAUAGCUACAGAGUACAGCUCAUCCGGUGUGGAGGUGUGUCGGAAGGCCUGUGGAGGGCACGGAUACUCUCUUCUCAGUGGUCUACCUUCCCUGUACACUAGACUGGUUGCCUCUUGCACUUAUGAGGGUGAAAACACUGUUCUCCUUUUGCAGACUGCCAGGUUUCUGAUAAAAUGCUUUGCAAUGGCAAAAGAUGGCCAGCCUGUCCCCAUGUCAGUUGCCUACUUAUCGUCCAAAAACUUUGGGAAAUGCCAAGCCCAAGAAAAGAGAGAUUUCCAAAAUCCUGAUGUUUACAUUGACGCUUACCGGCAAAGAGCCUUCAGGAUGUUACGGAGUGCAGCGAUCAAACUCCAGAGUUUGAUUCAGUUAGGAACCACACAACAUGAAGCAUGGAACAGGUGUUCUGUCCAGCUGGCACAGGCUGCUAUGGCUCACAGUCAUUACAUUGUGGUGGAACAGUUUGUCAAAGCACUGCAGUGGUAUGAAGAAGAGUUAGCAAUACACAGGAUCCUCAAACGUCUCUGUGACCUCUUUGCACUACAUGGGAUGUACUUGAAUAUGGGAGAUUUCAUGCAGGAUGGCUACCUUUCCACCGAGCAAACUGCCAUGGUGACUGAAUCCUACCUGGAACUCCUGCCUGUCAUUCGGAAAGAUGCUGUGCCAUUAGUGGAUGCAUUUGACUUCUCUGAUGCAAGUUUAAAUUCAGCCCUUGGAAGCUACGAUGGUCGUGUCUAUGAGCGCCUUUAUGAGUGGGCCAAGAAGUCCCCAACUAAUCAACAGAAGAACCAGGUCUUUGAAACCUAUUUGAAGCCACUUUUCCAAAAUGCCCUCUCAAAGUUAUGAAAGAUAGGAAUGGAACACAGACACCUCCUUUUACUGCUGCCCUCAGAGCAAUACUGAAUCUUUUCAACAAUUUGUUGUUUUGUUGUUGUGUGCCUUCAAAUUGUUUCCGGCUUAUGGCAACCCUAAGGGGAACCUGUCACGGGGUUUUCUUGGCAAGAUUUUGUUCAGAGGUUUGCUGUUACCUUCCCCUGAGGCUGAAAUCAUGUGAAUUGCCCAAGGUCAGUCAGUGGAUUUCAUGACCAAGUGGGAACAAUACAACUAAUAAAAUAUAAUACAUUGCUUUGAUUGUCCUGUCAUAGUGUUGAGGUGUUCUGGCAAGCAGAAAAAUUAAGCUGAUUUAUGGGAAGGAACCAUUGUAACUUCUCCCAACUUACUGGAUAUUAUGUUCUGUUACCAUUCACAUCCAAAAUUGCUAAUAGUCUGUGGGUUGCCUAAUCCCCUGGAAUUGCCAUUAUGGGGUCUCAUCCACCAGAUCUGGCACUAUGGCCACAGUAAUGCAUGAUGCCUUAUGGAAGGAGUGGGGAACCUGUAACUCCCUUCCCAUCACCCAGCACUGGUCAUAUUGAGUGGUGCUGAUGGGAACUAGAAUACAACAUUAGGACAGCAAGCUUUCCACUGCUUUCCUGGAAUGAUAGCACAAGGCCUAAACUCAGUUGUUAAUCCCAGCUAGAAAAGAUAUUUUUAAUCAAUGGAAUUUACUAAGUGUUACCAUUGAGGAUUGGAUUUAUAAUAGGUUUGUUCAUGUUGGGACCAGCAGUUAAACUUUGGCUUGGCGUGGGACUCAUCUAGCCUUUCAGAUUAUAUUGGACUAGAGUUCCCAGCAGGCCCAGGCAGCAGCUAGUGGGAGUGGCAAUCCAAAAUAGCUGAAGGACCACAAGUUUCUCACUGCUGAUUUAGGCCAUUGUUUUUAAUUAAAUAUUGCUACUGUUAGCUGCCUUAAGUCCAUGUUUGGCAGAAAUGCAGAAUACAUAUUGAAUAAAUAAAUCCACUGGUUUACUCAGGCUGAUACUAGCUCCCAGCCUAACCUACCUCAUCAAUUUUUUGCUACGAAAAAGUGCCAUUAUGAAAUAGGGACACUGUGUGUGUGUGUUUUAAAGUAAUAAAGGAGGAAAUCUAGCAGAAGGAAUCUGAAGCAGGGAGAAGAAUAUCUUCACCAAGACUACCUGAGCUUGUCUAGGUUCGAGGAAAGACUUACAUGUUUCAUCUUAGCUGCUAUGCUGCAUCUGUGUACAGCAUUGUAUAAGGGAGCUCUGUGAAUACCUAAAAUGAAUUUUAUUGAAAAAACUAUACACUGUCAAGUAAAAUAGAAGCAAUUUUUGUUCUACGACUUAAGGUGGAGGAUAUAUUCAGGGCAAAUACAUCAUUGUAUUUUAAUGUUGAUUAAUUUGUUUAAUUAUGCACCUCAUCCAUUAAACUAUAACCUUGAAAUAAAAUUAUGUUGUGCUAUGA